GGAGAGCGGGGCUGCUUCCCGCUUACCUCGUAAUCGGAAUGACGUUAUUUUGGACCUCGGCGCUUUCGAAAUACGAAGUGGAAAAACAUGGACGCCUCCAGGUUCUGUUCGUCUUUUGUGAACAUUAAACUAGCCAGCUAGCUGUGAAAGGUGAUGUAUAUUUUCCUCCUCAAUACAGCGAACUGUAUAUUCAGUGUUAAUCAUUUAACAAGCGAAUAUAUCUGUACGUUGUUUAAUCAAAAGCAAAUAAUUGUAUAUACAGUAUAACUCAUGUAAAGGUAAGAAGUGCUGCUUUGUUUACUUCUGGUGUUGUGCACAGCCAUGUUGGUUUGACGUCACUCCCUGAACUCGUGAGUCCCGAGUAGGAAAUUUCGAAUUUUCUUUGUUUUUUUCCUGGUCAGACGUCGGGAAUUCAGAGCUCCAGCCUCUAGUCGAAUGCAGCAUUCUCAUGCUGUAAUUCAUUGUACUUGGAACUCGGAAAAGUGUCUUCCUUGUCCUGUCCCUUUUCACAUAUUUUUUGUACUUUUGGGUUUACAUCAGAAUAAAUAACUGCAAUUUAAAAUGUAGAUGUUUUAUAUUUGCUGUAAAGAAAACUAUAUUCACAGAAUAGCAUCAGCCUUUAAAGUGUACAGGACAUGCUGGAGUAGAGCCUAUCUGCAUACAUUCGAUUAAGACCAGUAAGAAACCAUUUAACAGAAUUCCAUCCCAUUUGGAGGCCAAGCUUUUUUUGGAGUUAAGCCCUUCCCAUUUGAAGUUGGUCCGGUCUGAAGGAAUACCUACUUGGGGACAAACCAAUCACCAGUGGUGUGGACUCAAGUCACAACCUUGCUGACUUUCGACUCAGCUUGACAGAAUUAAAAUAUACUUGGGACUCGACUUUGACUUUGACAUUGACAUCAAUGACUUGUCAAUGACUUUGACAUCAAUGACUUCACCUCGACUCAAGCCCUUUGACUUGGAAAUACUUGAUACAUUUUCAAAACCAAAGAUAAAAUAUAUAUAUUUAACAGUGUUCAGUGACUCAACUAUUCUUCUUCCCAACAAACAAUUAAUUUUCAGCAAAUCAGCACCAAUUUUCAUUUCCAAGGUCAAAGUUCAACCAGUGAGACAGCUAAUCAGCUUGGACUUGACUACCACAAAGUUGAAAGACUGCUCAUUCCCCAACAACAUUGGCACUUUGUGGUAGUCAUGCUCCAAAAGAUAGUAGCCUUCACCUACAAAGAUUAUGUUGUUUGCAAUAACAAAAAGGCUGCAACAUAUAGAACUUGUGGUUCAAGAAUAUCAGACACAAAGGCACAGUUUUGUUCUGCAUUUGAAGUUGCACAAAGCAAAUCCCAAGGCAAAGCCAAACUGAACUUUGCUAGAUGGGUAACCUUAGUGAAAAUAGUCUACACUUCAUCUCAUAUGAAAUUAUAUAAUAUAUAAUUAAAGUUAUGCAUCUUUCAAAUAUGUGUAUAUUUCCAUUGAGUUAUAAAGUUUGUCUAGGAAGUGAUGAACACCAAUUAAAAAAAAAAUACUGCAUUUUUUUAUGUAAAUUUACAAUACUAAUAUUACUCUGUCAUUAAAUUUGGCAAAGUUCACAUUAUGACUUGUUUAGGAAUCAAAACUUAAAGUUAACAACUUAAUUUGACUUUAAUUUGAAGUUUUCCAAGACAGAAUCAGUGAGGACUCUUGGUUUCUCUCCAUAUUUUGGGCUUUUCAGGUGCAGUGACAGCACUGCUUAUACUGCUAAAUAGUUUUUAUUCUCAUAGAUGUGAGUUAAAAAUACUUUCACUUCUGCCUUUGAGUAAUUCUUUUUUGGCCAGUACUAGUCUUUGCCUUUUAUGGAGUUUUGUGGGUGUUAUUAAAUGCAAAUCAGCUGUGCCAGCCAUGCGCCUGGUAAUUUAUAGGUGAUUGCCAUUUAUCAACAUACACAUGUGAAUACAAAGAAAAUUAUAUGCUUCACUCAUUCUGUUGGUGGAGUGACUGGCUGACCUUACCAUAUACUUCAGGUGUUAGCUGAGGUUGUACAGUUAAUAAACUUUAUGAAAUUUAGCUAGUGCUAGCUGCCUUGGUUUAUGCCAUCACUUCGUUCACUCACAUUGGUUCACUAGUUAUAAUAUCAGUACAACGAACUAGCACAGACAUUGAAAUUAGCAGAAAAACUGCAAAGUUAACAUUGAAACAAGACUUUGUUUUGCUACAGAACUGUGAAGAGCUUUAGGUGUGUGUUGGAAAGUUCAUGCACAUUCAUGAGAACUGUCAUGUCCAAAACUAUCAGUCACCUCAUCAACCACUCCCUUUUAUUUUUCAUCAAAUAAAACACAUUUAUCACAAGGAAAAUAUUAGGGGGAUAAUUUUUGGAGAUGUGAUUUAAAAUGUAAGUUUAGGUUCUUUCCCCUUCACUAACAUAGGAAUGGGUAGGGUUAAAUAUUGUACUGCAGCCAGCCACUAGAGGGCCCCAGAGACAUUUUGGCUUCACUUUUGCCUCCCUGUUACAAAGUCCACACACAAAUAGUAUGCAGUCGUUGUGACACACUGGAAGGGGUCUCUGUGGAAAGAUCUGUGUCUGCCUUUCAACAUCUAGAGGACAUUCAUCGCACAUUUGUGCAUAUGAGAGUAAAAACAAGAUCUUCCCCUGAAGGGAAGUUUUUAAAUGUCAACAAGGGCAGGUACUCUUAGAAACAAACCAAGGGUAAAUAAGUUUGUCUCACAGAAACCUUAGCUGCUCAAAAUAACUGAUGAAAACGAGGCUUCUCAUGUGAACAAGGAAAAACUGAAAGUGAGGUUAUCAGCUCACUUUAAUAAAGGCAUUUAGUUCUUUCAGUUAAUCCUUGACACUUCAUCAUUUUGGAUCUGUAACAGCAACAACUGCAUGGUUUCAGUAUUUUCAUGUGGACUUUGAGUGAGAACGUUUGUCCACUCUGAGUUGAAAUGAAGGGAGGAGAAGUCUUAAACACACAGAAUAAUGCUCUGGACAUAAUUUGUAAUAUAAUACAAAUUAUGACUGUCAUCUUUAACUGGAAUAACACCUUUAAUGACUGUUAUUUAAUGUUUUUCACAACAUCCAAUUUAGCUAUGGUUUCUACUACAAAAAGAAACAUCUUAAUGAACAGUGAGCUUACAAAUAUAUUGUGUUACCAGAUCACAGGCAAUAAAGUGACUCUCUGAUGAUAAUAAUAAUAAUAAUAAUAAUAAUAAUAAUAAUAAUUAUAAUAUAGACCAUCAAUUAAAGAAAUAGGCAACACAAACAUGAGUAUUUUGAGUAGUAUUUGAAUUUGCAUAUCGGACAUAGUAUUCCUCUUGUACUACAACCAAAGAUUACAGUUUUUCAUUUAUUAAUGAAACACACAUUGCACUUUUUAAAUGUUCAGUUCAUUUAAUGUUGCAGAACAUCCUCAAGACUCAAGGGGGGCUGACAGCAUCCAAAAACACUCUAUGCCUGUGAACCCUCUAGAUCUGCUCCUUUACCUAAGAAAAAAACUGUUCACAAAAGGCUUGACUAAACAAAUAUGUUUUCAGCCUAGACUUAAACACUGAGACUGUGUCUGAGCCCCGAACACUAAUUGCAAGGCUGUUCCAUAACAAUGGGGCAAGAGUCCUUACUAGAACCAGAAGAUAUGACCACAUCACCCCAAUCUUAUCCUCGAAUAUUUUAUAUUACAAAGAAGAGAAAGCUCUACCCCGUGCUGUAGCCUUCAAUAUUUGAGGUACCAACAAAUAGCCUGUACCUUUUGAUCGAUGUAAGCGUGGUGGAUCAUAAAAGACCAAAGGGUCGCUCAGGUACUGAUGUGCGAGACCAUUCAUUGCUUUAUAGGUCAGUAGUAGUACGAAAUUUGAUUGGGAGCCAAUGCAGUGUGGAUAAGAUAGGGGUGAUGUGGUCAUAUCUUCUGGUUCUAGUAAGGACUCUUGCUGCUGCAUUCUGGACUAACUGGAGCUUGUCUGUGCACCUACUGGAACAUCCAGACAGCAAGGCAUUACAAUAAUCCAACCUAGAGGUAACAAAAACAUGAACUAAUUUUUCUGCACCGUGUAGUGACAUCAUAUUUCUUAUGAAAGAAGGCUAUCCUAAUAAUAUUAUCUGCAUGAGCUUCAAAUGAAAAACCGAGCUUCAAAUGAAAUCACACAAAGGUCUUUUACUGCUUUACAUGAUGAAACAGAAAGGCUAUCCAGAGAUAUUAUGUAAUAGAAAGCUUACUUCUAGCUGCAUGUGGUCCUAGGACAAGUACUUCUGUCUUGUCAGAAUUAAGUAAAAGAAACUUAAUAAGCAUCCAGUGUCCUUUACACAAUUCGUAACUAUAUUAAGCUGGUGUCUGUCAUCUGGCUUUGCUGCAACAUACAACUGUGUGUCAUCAGCAUAACAGUGGAAGCUAAUACCAUGUUUAUGAAUAAUUUUGCCCAGAGGUAGCAUAUAUAGAGAAAAGAGCAGUGGGCCUAAGAUAGAACCUUGCGGAACACCAAACAUUACCUUAGUUGGUGUAGAGAAGUAGUUGGACAAUUGACAGGAGCUGAGGUCAGGGGUUUGAUAAUUGCUAGUUUGAAAGAUUUAGGUACAUAGCCAGUGCUAAGGGAAGAAUUGAUUAUUUUUAGAAGAGGUUCAAUUGCUUCUGGAAUUAUCUGUUUGAAGAAACACGUAGGUAAGGGAUCUAGCAUACAAGUUGAUGAUUUUGAUGAGGAAAUUAGUGAAAUUAGUUCUGUCUCGUGGGGGAGAAAAAACAUUCUAAUCUUUGAUCUGAUGUUAUAUUAUUAUCUACAGGGUUAGUUAUAAAACUGUCUGGUUUUAAAUUAAUAAAUCUGAGUAUUAUGCCUGAUAUUUUCAAUUUUACCACUGAAAAACUUCAUGAAGUCAUCACUGUUAUAUAAUGUUUGUGUGCAUGUUUCUCUUGUGGGCUAAUUCCUAGUUAAUUUUGCUACAGUAUUAAAUAAGAAUCUAGGAUUGUUUUUGUUAUCUUCAAUUAGGGUGGAGAGAUACAUCGAUCUAGCAGCACUAAGAGCACUAUAGCUCAGAAUUCUCUCCUUCCAUGCUGUUUGAAGGACUACCAAUUUCGUUUAGUGCCUUUUACACUGUAAUUUUCAAGUGGUCUGUUUUAAGGUGUGUGUGUGUGAGAUCAUUAUACCAGGGUGAUAGCUUUUUCUCUCUAAUUAUUUUUCUUUUAAGUGGAGCUACCUUAUCUAGCGUGUAGUGGAACAUUGAUUCUAAGCACUCGGUUGCCUGGUCAAGUUCUUCAGGACCAGACGGUGAUCCAAUCAUGGUUGGUACCUCUGGGAGAUUACUGAUAGAACUGAAUGCACGUUUGAUGUGGUAGCGUGGCAAGGUACAUAUAUUAUGAUUAAGACAUUUUAAUUGAGAUGAGAUAAUGAUCUGAGAUAGCUUCAGACUGUGGAACUGUGAUUAUAUUUUCUAUAUGUAAUCCAAAUAUUAGUAUUAAAUAUUUAGUAUUACUUAUUAAUUCUUAAUUAAUAAGUGUGUACAGAUUUUUUUUUCUGGCAUUUCCUUAAUUUACUUUCCUGGUAACUUUAGCAUUAGUCUCACUGAUUGGGAAAUGAAGUAAAUAAGUUAAUUCCCAUUUGUUUUUGUGGUUUUUAACAGUAGCAAAAGCCACAUGGUUAGUCCAGUAGAGAAGGCCCUUCCAGUCAUGCAGGAUGUCUGUUCACUUCCCCUAAACAUUGAAGUGGGUGAAGCGUGAAGUGGGCAGGAGUUAUAAUGUGACUGUUUGUCAUAUUGAACUUGUGAUUACUGUAAUAAUUGAGCUGUAGUUUCAUGUUGUUGAAAACAACUCAUGUUGACAUAACUUGAUGCUUGGAAAGUACUGGGUACAUAUGACACUACACAACCCUGAAUAAACUUCCAUAUAAAAUCCCCUGAAAAUAAAACAUUGUAGCUUCUGAUGCGAAUAGUGGGGAAUACCGCAGAGUCCGUUUUAGUUUCAGUUCUUUUCUCUCUCUCUCUCUCUCUCUGUCUCUCAGUGUCUCUCUCUCUCUCUCACGCUACCUUUAGAUUUAUUCUCUCUCCCUCUCCCUCUCCCUCUCUUUCUCCCUCUGGAGAGUAUUCAGCUCUAAGUUUUACCCUGAUUCAUCACUGAGCUGUAAAUCUCAUGAUCUCAUCAGUGCUAAAGAAUUUGUCCUUACUUUUGUUGCAUUGUUAUAAAAUUACAAUAAAUUAACAUAUGUUUUGUCUGUCUGGUUAUGAUACCCACUGUCAGUAGCACUUUAUGCCAGUUCUCAAGACUUCAAAGAGCUAUGUUUUAGAAAAGAUAAGCUAUUCUUUAACAAUUUCAGAUCUUUUGAAUUUAGUAGUUUUAGCAAUUUAUUGCACCAUUUUUCUUAGAAUUCAGCUCCAUUAAUGUAGUCACCUCCAUGUGGAGCCCACUGGCAAUAUACAGUAUGUCAUUUCUGUUAACUGUUUACCAGUGGCCCCUAACAGCUCCAGGGUCCCUGAAUUCAAUGAGCUUGGUUUGAUGUCUGUGUGGCAAUGUGCAUCUUGUCCAUCUGGGUUUCCCAGGUUCUCCGUUUUGUUUUUGUUUUUUUUUCUCCCAAAAUUUUCAGGUAGGCAGAUUAGCUAAACUAAACUGCCCAUAGGUGGAACUUGCAUGUUAAUUGUCCUUGUGUUUUAUGGUCAUCUGUUGUCAUCUACACUGUAAAAAAAAAAAAAUGACACUGUAAACUUACAGUAGCUAUCUUCCUGGCAUAUGCCAGUAAGGUAGUAGGUACUAUAAUUAAAAUUUAUGACAUUCUUACUGUAAUGAUUGUUUUCAGGAAUAGCAUGUUACACUGUGUGUUUAACAGAGAGCAAAUGUACAUUAUUAAACGUGUUCAAGACGCAAAAGCUGGAUCAAUCAAGGGGCGCAGAGAUAGCACAGGUUAUCCCAGGAGGAUGACUCUGGAUUUCAAAAACAUAAAUGAAAGAUAACCGCUGAGAAAGCUUGCUGGAAUGUCUAACUGGGAGUUUCCUUAUUAGCAUGUGGGAAGCUUUGUAAUCACUGAGUCAUUAGUUUCAUUUGCAGUUCUUAUAUAGACAGAGCAUCAGAUUGCCUUUAGUUUUAGAGUGUGAAUGUGCUGGACAGAAGAAAACACGAUGCUGGAUUAUUCAGUUUUCUUAAGCCUGUUUACACUGGCUUGCUCGGCGGGGAUACUGAAGAGAGGGGACGUGAAUGCGUCACUCGGGGAGGACGCGACGUUGUCGUGCGCGCUUCCGGGCGCCGUCGGAGUGAAGCAGGUCAUAUGGCAGCAGCACAGAGACGACGGCACGCUGCGCACCAUCGUCACGUUCACCGAGCGCUCUAAACCCCAAGUGGACGAUGCGUUCGCGGGGAAAGUGCACGUCACCGUGGCGUCAGUCCACACGACAACCAUCGUGAUCAAGAAUGUGACCUUCGCGGACGAAGCCUGCUACGUCUGCACCUUCAGCGUGUAUCCGUCCGGAACCGAGAGGGAGACGGCAUGCCUCACUGUGCAAGGUUUAUCAGAAAUAACAUCACAGCCUCCAAGUAAGCCUAAGGGGAAGGACACUGUCGUCUCUUGCUCAGCCACUGGUAAACCUACCCCGGUGAUCACUUGGUGGUCUGGAGAGAAAGAACUGAGCAGUUACUUAUCAGAGACUUCCACAGUACAGAAUGAGGACGGUACAGUCACAACUACAAGUAACCUCACAAUUCCUCAGUCGCAUUUCAGUGAAAAUGUGAAAUGUGUGGCUAAAAGUGGCAGUAUAGAGAGGAGUGAAAACAUCACUGUGAAGAAGCAGCUUGAAAGAGAGACUCCGGUUGCAUCCAGAUGUUAUGUUUUUUCUGCUGUCGCCAUGAUCGGCUGUUUUGUUGUUGUCAGCUGUGUUGCUGUUCUUUAUCACCGGAAGAGGAAAAGUUCCUGGUGGAUCCGGAGCACACACACACACUCUUAGGAUUGAAAAGAGGACGCUGGUGCUGUGAAGCAGCGAAGUGACCCACUGUUCCACAGUGCCACCCCAUAAAAUUACUAUUAAAUAAAACUCUAAAAUCAUAGCACGUAAUCAUUCUAAGCUGACUUCAAAAUAUGUCAGCAAGCUAUUUUAGAUAAGCAUUUUGAGAGAUCAAUGCAAAAAUGUUCAAUUUUCUGCCUUCCAUUUUUACUGCUUACCUAAAGUAGAUGUUUGUGGAGGCUUAUUUUAUUUAUUAAGAAAAAUAGAUGACAUUGAGGGCUAAGCAACUACAAUGUACAACUACAACUACAAAAAACUGCAACGAAGGUCAUCAAACAAGACCUGCAAUUUACAAUGUAAGAAAAACUGUACUCAAUGCAGCAGAAGAGAAGAUAAGAGAUGAUAGGAGUCUAGGAGACUGUGAGCAGCUUUUCGUAAGAUAGGAUACCUUAUCUCUAACAAGCUCUUAUGUAAGUAGCUCCAUAUGAUGGAGUAGUCUGACAUCUACACGUGGUCUGAUGUCUACGAGGUAAGAAGAAAAAGAGGAAAGAUUGCUCUAUGUCAGUGGUAUUUACUGCAAAUCUGUGCCAUACAGUAUAUUCACAUCAUGACUGACGAUCUAGGCAUGUGAAAGUAUCCAGGAGAUUCUCACCUGCCCUUGCAGUUAGAAGGGGUGAAAAAAGAACAGUAUUGUCUUACUGUGAUGUGUAAGGAAUAACACAUGAGAGAAAGAGAGAGAGACAGAAGUAGAUGUGAGUAUGGGAAUGACUGUUUGUCAUUGCUAUAAUGUAAGUGAUAACAGGAAUGAACUUCAGGGUGGAAUACACUUUGGGGUGGUUCAUGGUGGGCUGUAUUAACCUGACACCCCUGAAGGUGUUAUUUUUGUAUAACCGGACAGUCCAAAGUGUGUUAUUCCAUUUAUACGGCAGAGAUUUGCCAAUGAUUACAUUAUUUCUGAUUUAUUUUUAAUUUAUUACAGAAUGACACACUUUUUAUGGUUUAUAGUGAGAUUUAAUGGUGAGAAAACAAGACGUGUGUGAGAAAACAACUGGUUAUUUAUUGUUCCUAACUUGUCUCCUGGACAUUCCACAACAUUAAAUCUAACUAUAAACCACUAUAAUGAGCAACGUGUCAUUCAUUAAUAAAUUCACAUUGUUAUCUUUAGCAAUAGAUAACCAGUGAUUCCCUCAGCCACAUCUGAUUUUCUUUCUCUCUCUUAACAAAUAUAGCUUGGCAUUUUACUCCUCUCUGUCCUGAAGACUUUUCCGUGUUGGGAAAUUCUACAAAGCCCUGUGACUAUUACAAAGUGCUGACACUUGAGCCUCCUUCCCUAAAUAUUAAAUAAACGUUUCCUAACAAGAAACUUCACCAAUGAUCAACGAUCAUAUGUUUAAGUUUGUUACGCAUCACAUUGAUUAAAAUGCAUUUAAUAUUAGGUUUAGAUUAUGUGGAGUCCCUGUGUAUGAUCCUGUGUAUGCUGCUACUAUAGAAGCAAUAACAUAUUACUGUAUAUAAACCUAUUGUUCGUGGUACAGCCGCAACUACUGCCUGUACGGUUAUACGAAGAUUAUGCAUGUCUUCUGACCAAUCAGAUUCGAGAUUUCGACUGCACAAUGGUAUUAAGACCAUUUUCUCUAUUCAAACACAGGUACAAUUUGGAAUUACGCACCAAACAUUCCAAUUUUGCACUUGAAUCACCUUGCGCUGUUUGAAUCGUUCUUGCUUUCCCUCAUCCUCCUAAUAUCCUUCUUUACUGAGAAGAGGUAGUGAGAUGUUUGUGGAGCUGAUUAAAAUGCCAGUUUAAAUAUUGGUCAGUAUGGUGGUCCUAUGUGAUUCCUAUGAGAUCACUAUGUCUCUUUAUGUCUCACUGCCAGAUUCUUCCUGUUACACUUGCAGCAGCAAAGAAACAAUAUUAAAUGCCUGUCACCAUGUUUAGUGAACACAGAUAUUUCCAUCCUAUUGAUUGUUGCUGCUCGGUAAUCAUCCAUUUUAUUUCAAAAGGAGAGUAGCAAAAUCACAGCGUUGUUCUUUGUCUUUAAAAAUGUUGCCUAGUAAUAAUGUUUCAUCUUUACAAACAAAGAUUAUUCAAUAAAAUAUGCCGCUCCAUGCUGAAAAGCGUCUCUCUUGGUUUUAUGCCUCCAUAUCGGCGGAUGUCACAGUCCGCUGCAGUAGUAGCUUUGUAACCUCAAAAAACAGAAAACAGUCUGCUCUCUGCAGGUAGUUUUUUUGAGAGGAAGUGACCCUGUGGGUGGUGGAAACUCUAUCAUAUAGC